UCCGGGGUCCGGAGCCGAGGGCUCCCCCAUGAAGAAGCGGAUGAUGAACAAGCUGUACAUCGGGAACCUCAGCCCCGCCGUCACCGCCGACGACCUCAAGCAGCUCUUCGGCGACAGGAAGCUGCCCCUGGCCGGACCGGUCCUUCUCAAGGCCGGCUACGCCUUCGUGGACUACCCGGACCAGAACUGGGCCAUCCGAGCCAUCGACACCCUGUCGGGUAAAGUGGAAUUGCAUGGCAAAGUCAUGGAGGUUGAUUACUCAGUCCCUAAAAAACUAAGGAGCAGAAAGAUUCAGAUACGGAACAUCCCCCCUCACCUACAGUGGGAGGUGCUGGAUGGACUUUUAGCUCAAUAUGGGACAGUGGAGAAUGUGGAACAAGUCAAUACGGAUACCGAAACUGCAGUUGUCAACGUAACAUAUGCAACAAAAGAAGAGGCAAAAUUAGCCAUCGAGAAGCUGAGCGGGCACCAGUUUGAGAACUAUUCCUUCAAGAUCUCCUACAUCCCAGACGAAGAGGCGAGCUCCCCUCAGCCACCUCAGCGAACUCGUCGCGGGGGACAUUCUAGGGAGCAAGGCCAGUACCCAGGAAGCUCCACGCAGCCCAAACCGCUCGAUUUCCCGCUUCGGAUCCUGGUCCCCACCCAGUUUGUUGGAGCGAUCAUAGGAAAGGAAGGUUUGACCAUAAAGAACCUUACUAAGCAAACCCAAUCCAAGGUAGACAUUCACAGAAAGGAAAAUGCCGGGGCAGCGGAAAAGCCAAUCACUAUCCACGCCACCCCCGAGGGGUCCUCCGAAGCAUGCCGCCUGAUUCUCGAAAUCAUGCAGAAAGAGGCCGAUGAGACCAAGUCCGCUGAAGAAAUUCCUCUGAAAAUCUUAGCCCACAAUAGUUUGGUUGGAAGACUGAUUGGAAAAGAGGGACGGAACCUGAAGAAAAUUGAACAAGACACAGGGACCAAGAUAACCAUCUCACCAUUACAGGAUUUGACCAUUUAUAACCCUGAAAGAACCAUCACAGUGAAGGGCAGUAUUGAAGCUUGCUCUAAUGCUGAAGUAGAGAUCAUGAAGAAACUGCGUGAGGCCUACGAGAAUGACGUAGUGGCUGUUAAUCAACAAGCCAAUCUGAUCCCAGGGCUGAACCUCAGUGCACUUGGCAUCUUCUCCACAGGAUUGUCCAUGCUUCCUUCCACCGCUGGUCCCCAUGGAGCAACAGCUGCCUCACCCUACAACCCCUUCGCUAGUCAUUCGCCAUACCUCUCGGGUCUGUACGGAGCUUCCCGGGUUGGCGCAUUCCCGCAUCAGCACUCCGUGCCGGAACAGGAGGUGGUGAAUCUCUUCAUUCCCACCCAGGCAGUAGGUGCCAUUAUUGGAAAGAAGGGCCAACACAUUAAACAGCUGGCGAGAUUUGCUGGGGCAUCCAUCAAGAUUGCCCCGGCAGAAGGUCCAGACGCCAGUGAGAGGAUGGUCAUCAUCACGGGACCACCUGAAGCGCAGUUUAAGGCCCAAGGGAGGAUAUUCGGAAAACUGAAAGAGGAGAACUUUUUUAACCCAAAAGAAGAAGUGAAGCUUGAAGCCCACAUCAAGGUGCCUUCCUCAGCAGCCGGCCGCGUCAUCGGCAAAGGUGGCAAAACGGUGAACGAACUGCAAAACUUAACUAGUGCGGAAGUAAUCGUGCCCCGUGACCAAACACCUGACGAAAACGAGGAAGUGAUUGUUAAAAUUAUCGGGCACUUCUUUGCCAGCCAGACCGCACAACGCAAGAUCAGGGAAAUUGUUCAGCAGGUGAAACAGCAGGAGCAGAAGCCCCCUCCUCAGGGAGCCCCCGCCUCCCAGCGCAGCAAGUGAGGUUUCCGGCGGCGUCGGCCGAGCAACAACGAUGAAUGUAGCCCUUCCAACACCUGACGGAACGAGACAAAACCAGAAAAAGACAGAUCGGGGAGCAAACCAAAGACCAUCCUGAGGCAUAAGAACUCUCAGCCCAAGGCUGGGGCCCUGCAGAGGACUUGAAGUGCACAAGGCGGAAAGGGGCGGUGGGCGG